AUGUCUGAGCGAAAGGCCAUCAAUAAGUACUAUCCGCCGGACUACGACCCGCUAAAUGCAGAAAGGGUGCCGAAGGUGAGGAAGUCUGGGUCUGCGGGAUGGCCCACGGUGCGGCUAAUGAUCCCAUUCUCGAUGAAAUGUCUUAAGUGUGGCGAGUACAUUGCCAAAUCGAAGAAGUUCAACGCUAAAAAGGAGAACAGCAAAGAGGACUAUUUGGGGAUCCGCAUAUUCCACUUCCAUUUUCGGUGUCCGCAAUGUUACGACGACCUGGUGUUCCGCACAGACCCGAAAAACGGCGACUUUGAGUGCGUUUCUGGGUGUAAGCGAAAUUACGAGAGAAAAGAAGGCAAGAUCGCCGCUGACGAGACGUUGGACGAGAUGUUGAAGCGGUUGGAGGAGGAGGAGCGCAAGGAGCUGCUUGCCAAAGAGGGAAAGAAAGAGAACGAGGAAUCCGCAAUGGAGCAACUGGAAAGACGUCUUUUGGAACAGCAGAAGGAACAGGAGCUGGUGGAAGAAAUUGAGGAGUUGCAAGAGCGCGGGCGACGGCUCGAGAAGGCCAAAGUCCCUACAAAAGUUGAUUUGGAGAAACAGGACGAGAAGGAGGCAGAAUUGGCCUUCAGAUCAAAAUCGAAACAACCUGUUGAUAUACCAUCAGCUACACAGCCCGCACAAUCGUCGCUGUUCUCGGGAUACUCCUCGUCCGAUGAGGAGACCGUCACCGUGAAACGCAAAAAGUCCUCGUUAGGCAUUCGCAAAAAAAUCAAAGUAUAA